UCCAGUCCAAAUCCUUUACCCACCUCAAACCCAAUAUAAAUAAGCUCCCAAUGAUCAACGAAAACUCAUCAAAACUCAAUCAUCAUCCCUCACAAGCUCAAGAAUUUGCUCUCUGUCUCUCUCCCUCUCUCCCUCUCAUUUUCCUUUACGUGCGCAGCCUCGCAUUCAUCGUUGGGGAGUCGAAUUCUCUUCACGUUUUGCCUUCCAUUGUCGAGAUAGUAAGGAUUAUCGAUUUCAAGUCGUUCUGACGUAUUUUAGCAUCACUGGCUUGUGCUUUUGCCAAUGGAUAGAAUCAAUAGAAUGGUGUCGGAGAGGCCGGUGGUGAUCUUCAGCAGGAGCUCGUGCUGCAUGUGCCACACUGUCAAGAUGCUCUUAAGCGAGUUCGGGGCCAACCCGGUGGUUCACGAGCUGGACGAGAUCCCCAGGGGGAGGGAGAUUGAGCAGGCCCUCUCGAGGCUGGGCCGCAGCCCACCCGUGCCCGCCGUGUUCAUCGGCGGCGAGCUGGUGGGGGGAACCAAUGAGGUCAUGAGCCUCCACCUCAACCAGUCCUUGGUCCCGAGGCUUAGACAAGCCGGAGCAAUUUGGGUCUGAUCAACUUAAUCAACUGCGCGGAGGAUACUAAUAAGUGUGAUUUCGAGCCACACUAGUUUUGAGGAUAAUAUAACUUAUCAAAUGCACUACUAGUUGGGUUACGGACUCUUUAUCGUCGCUAUGUACUGACUUUCAUAUGAUAUAAUCCUAUAUCCAUCACUUGUGAGAUUCUGUUUUGCUGUAACGAGUGCUGUCUAGCUAAUAAAAUCAAGUUUGAACUUACAUUUUGGAUA